UCGUAACUUCGUACGCUUUGCGUCGACUUUUAUACUGCCUGUACAGUUAAGUACAAAAAUUUUUAAGAUUUUUUGCGUCCCUCGUUUCUGGUUGACCAGGAAGAAAACCUUGCCUAUAUCCAAAAUCUAAUUUUUAUUAUUUUGGGAAAGUCCGGCUGCAAUCAUGAGCGAAGAAGGAACACUAAAAGACGAAACGAUCGACCAGCAAGAAAUUUCCGAAGAAGACGCCAUUAAUAUUGAAGAGCCUUUAACAGGAGAAAAGCGGAAAAAAAUCCAUUUUAGUAUUGAUUUUGAUAAUGAACUACUGAAAACAGUCAUCCAGGAGAAUCCCUACGAUUACGCUGGAAAGGACAGGACGCUGGCGUGGAAUAACGUAUCCGUAGCUUUGGAUGACCAACUGGGAACAAGUGGACUGCUACCUAGAACUUGCAAAGAUCGCUGUGAACGCCUGAUAUCAUAUUAUGAAAAAGAUCACCCCUUUUUAAAGACACCAACAGAUGCUCUGGGUAAAAAUCGUGAACGGCUCGGACUGCUUGACCGCUUGACGAAGUUACGCAAAGAAUCCGGUGCACGUUUGUGGAACGCUGGCAGCGCAAACAAAAUCAUCGCAAGUCCUGCACGGAAACUCCGAAGCGCACGUAAUCCACGUACGAGCACGUCGAGUGAACUUGGUGGUACGGUUUCCGCGUACCAGUUAGCGGGGACACCGCUGUCCGAAGAAAGUUCCGAAAAGUCGGCACAUAUUGUCCUAAAUGGAGUUAACGCAGAAGCCUUAUUGAACGGUCAGGACGGCACAACCUAUGUCAUGUCGAAAUCCCGGCCCAUCGCCCUGGCAUCGGGUGUACAGAAUCUACAGAUAGAGGGCCCUUACACUAUUCCCUACACCGUGAACUCUUCCGGUCUGGAAUCCCACGAGCGCUCCCUGAUUAAAGAGCUCAUUGAAGCACGGCGUGCGGAGGAUGUGCGGCGACGGGAGGAGAUUGAACUGCGCCGGGAAGAAUUGGAGGUGAAGAAGAUGAAACUGGAGUUGGAAAGGGCACAGUGGGAGGCGGACCGGAAGGAGCGGGACGAUCGGUUAGUCAUGGAGCAACAGGAACGAAAGAUUCUGCUGGAGCUGAUGAAGAAAGUCCUCUGUCCGCAGACUGCGAGUGACCCGCCGACCGAAUAACGCGGAUAUUUUCGUGGGACGGUUUCAGUAUUCUUUUUGAUUUCUCAUGUCUUACCCUUUCAGAAAUAUGGUUGUAUCUAACGCCACUAAAUAAUUAGUGGUGUUAGAAAUUUUAGUUGUUAUAUAUAUAGUUAUUAUAAAAUUAACGGCACUAUGCUUACAUUUAACAAUUGUAAGCGCUACGGUGGUGGCUUGUUAUUCUGUAUCGUCUGUCUUCUCGACUGCAGUAAAAAGACGCCUUCAUGCAA